UGUGUGGUAAAAUGCCCCAACAUCCCAUGACCUUUCGAGGCCACCAAAGGACCACCGUAUUGAAAAUCUGGUUUGUCACCUCCCAACGGUCAGAUAGACCUCUCUCUGUCCGAUUCUUUCUGUUUCCUUCUUUCUAAGAGAUCAUCUUCAUAUCCAUCUGAACCAAUUUGGAAGAGAAAGAGAGAUCAAAUCAGAAAAAUGGGCAUGCAGCUGAUGAGGAGCUCUAGCUAUCAUCGCCAUCUUCAUCCCCACAGAGCUUCUACAACUCCAGCAUUCUCUGCAUCUUUGCACCCCUUUUCUUCUUCAAUUGUGUUACAGAGGUCUCUUGGUUUUGAACAUGGCAGCACUAGAAGCACAGGGAGCAUAAAAAGAAGAAUUCAGAAGCAUGGGACUGUAGCCUCAAACAAUUUGGCUGCUCCACCUUGGGAGAGCUGGAAUCCUGAGAAGGGUUCUGCUUCUCCUUCUCUCAGUGACGUUGUUUGGCCUUCUGCAGGUGCUUUUGCAGCAAUGGCAAUAUUGGGAAGGGUGGAUCAGAUUCUAGCACCAAAAGGAGUUUCAAUGACAAUUGCACCUUUAGGAGCUGUUUGCGCUGUCCUCUUUGCCACUCCCUCCUCCCCAGCUGCUAGGAAGUACAAUAUGUUCAUGGCACAAAUUGGCUGUGCAGCAAUUGGGGUGCUGGCAUUUUCCAUACUAGGGCCAGGAUGGCUUGCUAGGAGUUUUGCCCUAGCUGCAUCCAUUGCUUUCAUGACUUACACACGCUCCCCACAUCCCCCUGCUGCAAGCUUACCAAUACUGUUCAUUGAUGGAGCUAAGCUUCAUCACUUGAAUUUUUGGUAUGCUUUGUUCCCGGGUGCCGCCGGAUGCCUUCUUCUCUGCUUGAUUCAAGAGAUGGUGUUAUACUUGAAGGAAAACUUCAAAUUUUGAUCAUAUCUGGAAACAAACACAUGCUUUGCUCUCAGUACAUACUUGGACAUAUACAUAAAUCCAUCUGAGUUCAUCAAGUCGCAGGAAAUGCUCCAACACUAAAAAUAUGCAAAAUGGAAAGCUUGAAUCUUCGGUUGAGACACUUGAAAAUUAGUGUGAAGGAGCUUUGUUGCACACGAAUUCGGUUUAGGUUCGUUGUAAGAAAAUGUGAUCUAAAAUUGUUCUCCCAUGGACUUUUCGAUUGUGGUCCUAAUCCCAAUUGCAGUGAUGGUUCCAGGUUCUUAAAUUGAUGUGAUAAAAUAUCUAUUUGUCUCCA